AUGUCUAACCUGCCCAAUAUAUCCCUCGAAGGAGCACUCCUCCGCGACAUCCUCGUUGGCUCGCGCACGCAGUACGUUCGAGGCGCUCGUAUGGCUCUUCGACGCGAGGGCUUCAAGCCCGUCGUGGACAAGGUGUUCCCCUUCGAGGGGACGCGCACGGAGUACGAGUAUCUUGAGAACCAGCAGCAUGUCGGGAAGGGCAUGGAGAAAACGGUGGCCAACGAGAGAGACGAACGGGAGCUUAUGUCUUACACUAUGCACCCGUAUUGUAACAAAACGAGCUGGCCGAACGCGCCCGCUCCCUCAGGCUCUGCGCGCCCUCUCCUCUCGUCGGCUGCAUGCUCCUCCACUAUCACCGCCUAUCAGACCUCGCCAUCCUCGAUGGAGUCCGAUGCUGACGACUUUUUCGCGCCGCCUCAAGAUCACCGCUACCUCCUCUCCCCGUCCUUCAUCCGACACCAGGCAGGCCCAUCCGCCGGCAGUCCAAGCAAACUCUACAACCCCAAUGCCGCCAGCCCUCGACGAGUCAUUAUCGCCGCCGAGCCAGAAACCACGCCGGACGUUCCGCCGAGCUCGUAUGCUCCGCGGGGCCCGUGCCACAUGGGCCGCGCCAGGCUGCUCCCCAGUCCGGAGCGGCACUCGAUCCACUUAGACAACUCUCCUCGCAAGGACGACCCGUUCGUCGACUUUGUUGUUCUAUGUCCUCACCCGACCACAAGCAUUACCCAACGCCGCCAAUCGCCCACAUGCAGACCGCUCCACGCCGACACCCAAGUGUUCUGGAGACGUCUCCGCUUCAUCUACCUCCUCCGCUUCCUACGUGGACUUCGCCACUCAUCGAACUUCACUCUCUCAUCAGCAACCACCGACUCCUCUGCCCCCUCGGGUCUGUUUGAGAACCCCAAUGCGCGGCGAUCGGAGGAUAGCUCACCGAGUACGAAUACGUUCUCGACGCAGCUCAAGAAACUACUGGGCUAUUACUGCCUCGAGCAGAAGAUACUCGGUGAGCAGCACGAGAAGGACGUGGAUGACGAGGGUGAUCAGAAGGAUGACGAGCUGAGUUGGGCACUCGAGUGA